AUCCCGACGAAGUACAGCAGGGCUACUAUCCCAUGCAGCCGCAGCCGCAGCCACAGCCGCAGCCGCAGCACGCCGCGUGGUCGCACGAGGGCCGCCAGCUCUCGCAGCCCGGCGUGCCGCUCAAGGACGAGGACGAAGGCGACGGCGCGACGCCGCUGCGCCGCAACCAGGCGUGCCUCUCGUGCCGCAAGCGCAAGGUGCGUGGUCCCGCUGUGCUCCGUGCUGCCUGCCGUGCUCAUGCGCUCCCUGCAGCUGCGUUGCGAUGCCGUGCGCCCGGUGUGCUCCACAUGCGCGCGCUCCAAGGCCGCUGCCGCCGCCUCAAACCACCCGGCACCGGUGCCUGAUGGCCCAUGCCACUACGACGAUGCGCCUGCGGCAGGCGCCAGCGGUGAUGCUGACCCGGAAGCCGUAGCGCGCAAGGAACGACGCAAGCGGCGCCGCGACACCGUCGGCGAGGAGGGCGAGCGGCGUGCACGCAACGGCAGCGGCGGCAGUGAGCUGCGCCGCGACAGCGAGUCGUCCACAGCGCGAGGCGGCCCAGGGCCGCAGCCGCUGCCGCCUGUGGCGAUGCAGCCAGUCGCAGCACCGCAGCAUGCGAUGCCGAUGCCACGCCCAGGGCCCUCUGCGCCGAUGCAUCAUCCCGCCUGGCAGCAGACGGCACCGCGGCCGGCGCUCGAUGCCCCCUUUCCCGUCGAUGCCAACCCGCGCGUCGCAGCGCUGCAGGCCCGCGUGGUCCAUCUCGAGGGCUUGCUGGCGCAGGCCCGCGCCGAGAGCCGCGAUGGACGGGACAGCGUGCUCCAAUCGCGCGCCGCCUCGCCGACGCUGCCGUCUGCGCGCUACCAGCGCUCGCACGAGCGCGGCGAGCAGCGCGAGGCAGCCGGCGCCGUGCCGAUCUACAGCAUGCUUUCGCCCAGCAGCGGCCGCGAGGAGCGUCUGCGCACGCGCUACCAGAUGCGGCCCGUGCUGGCGCAGACCAUCCCCUCCGCACCGCACGCAGCGUCGCCGCUGAGUGCCGUCUCGGCUGCUGGCUCCGCCACGAUUGAGCGCGCUGGCUCGCGCGACUCGGGUCCAUCAGUGGCGCCCGCCGUGUCUGCCACACGCGAGGAGUUCAGCUUCGACGACGAGGGCGACGGCUCAAAUGGCGUCUCGAUUGCCGGCGGCAGCAAGGGCGAGCCGGCACCGACAGUUGCCGAGCCUGAUCCGCUGCUCGAGCUGCUCUUUCCCGGCUGGUCGCCCGACCUGCCGCCGCCAGACGUGGUGCACGCACUGUGCCGCACCUUCUUCGCGCGUCAUCCGCUCGGCUCCAUGCUCUACAAGCGCUCUUUCAUGGCCAGCCUGUCGCUGCCGCCGCGGCACCCGCACCGGCCGCACGAGUCUCUCGUGCAUGCGAUCCUGGCAGCCGCAGCGCCGCUCUCGCCCUUCUUCGACGGCGUCGAGGCGCAUGACCUUCACCGCCCCGACGCCGAGUUCAACGUGCCGUUCCUCGCCGACGCGCGCUCGCGGCCCGACAAUGCCAGUCCGCGCAACACGAGCUUCAAGGAGUGGCACCUCACCAAGGCGCGCAACAAGGUCGAGCGCGGCCUGCUCAACGAGUACAAGGGCGCGCUGGACUGGGUGCACGCCGUGCUGCUCAUCACCAAUGUGCUCUGGGCCGACCUGCGCUUCACCGAGGCCUUCUUCAGCAAUGCGUUCCUGGCGCGUGCAGCCAGUGCCGCAGGCCUGGACAAGCUCUCGAGCAGGCACGACGCGACUGCCGACACGGGCAUCUUUGGCGAGCCGGCAAGCGCGCCCGAGGAGCACGAGCGGCGCCAGACGAUGUGGUGGAUCUACAUUACCGACCAGAUCAACUCGGGCCUGCCGCGCUUCUACGAGACGAUCCUCUCCGACGCCGCCGUGCAGUGCGAGCUGCCUGUUGCCGUGGCUGACUUCCAGGCCGGCCUCGACCCGCCGCUGACGAAGCAGCACCUGGCGUCGCCGGACCUCUUCAAGACGGGUCACAUCGACGACUUUACGCUGCACAUCAAGUCGAGCAUCCUCAUCAAGCGCGUGCUGACGUUUUGCGUGCGGCACCAUGUCGCGAGCAACCCGGGACGGCGGCCGACGGCCAUGCGCAAGCUCGACGCCAACAUCGCCGACUUUAUGGCCAGCUUCCCGCCGACGCGCUUCACGGCCGACUUCUCCUCGGACCGGCUCGUGGCGCAUGGCAACAUGCACCUGGCAUCGAUCUACCUGCACGAGCACUUCCUCAGCUCCACCGACGCGGCCGGGCAGUCGGAGCAGCGCGUGCGCUUUGCUACGCAGCAGAUUCUCACGGCCGUGCACGAGCUGCUCGCUGGUAGCUACGACUUUGGCCUGCUCUUUCCGCACAUCUUUGUCGUCUGGAGCGUCGCCGGCCGCAUGGUCGCCAAGGAGAUGGACCGUGCCCGCCGCACCGGCGCGCCGGAAGACCCAGGUCUGGCUGCUGCGCUCGCCGCGCUCAUUCUGGCGCUGGAGCGCGCCGGCGAGAAGAGCAUCAAGGCGCGCCGCUCCGCCGAGAUGCUGAUGCACGUGCGCGCCGGCCUCAUCCCCGAGAGUGCGCUUGCCGACCUGCUCUACCUCGACGGCGUCAUUCCGGCUGACGACGACGACGACCGCAUGCAGCAGCUGCAGCAGGUGCAGACGCUGUACGAGCAGCAGACGCACGUCCAGAUGCCUCUGCGCGCCCAGCCGAGCGCCCCGCAACAGCAGCAAGCGCAGGGCCAGGCGACGGCGCAAGGGCAGCCGCAGCGCCCCGAUGGACAGGGCGUGUAUCCGUUCGGCCUCGACUUUGAGGCGGCGCCGCCGCUGCCGAACCUCGCCGCGCACAUCUGGGACGAGAACGUCGAUGCGAUGCAGCAGUAGCACGCCGUCCUGCCUCUUGCUCGUCGUUUGCUGCCCACCCUCUUCCCCCUUGAGCUUCUUGACCUGACCCAGCUUUCGCACAUUGCCGCACCGCUAUCUUGCAUCCCCUCAUCCAUGCGCCGCUCAGCAUUCCCCCUGUACCGCCGUCACUCGUCUAUAGCACGCUGCGCAUGUU